AUUGGCUCUGCCUGUGGGGGAGGAGCGCCGCCUCCUCAGCCGCUGCCGCCGCUGCCGCGGGCUCCGUGAGUGAGGAAGCGCCUCGGUCAGGCCUGCUGAGGGCCCUCGCCGACGCCUGGGCUCGCCUGCCGCCCCGCCAGCUCCGCUCGCUUCCCGUCCCCCGCGGCCCGGCGCGGGGCAGGGCUGCCGGAGCCAUGGAGGACGAGGUGGUCCGCAUUGCCAAGAAGAUGGACAAGAUGGUGCAGAAGAAGAACGCGGCUGGAGCAUUGGAUUUACUGAAGGAGCUUAAGAAUAUUCCCAUGACCUUGGAAUUAUUACAGUCCACAAGAAUCGGAAUGUCAGUGAAUGCUAUUCGCAAGCAGAGCACAGAUGAAGAAGUUACAUCUUUAGCAAAGUCCCUCAUCAAAUCCUGGAAAAAGUUAUUAGAUGGACCAUCAACAGAUAAAGACUCUGAAGAAAAGAAAAAAGAUACUGCAGUUACAUCACAGAAUAGCCCUGAAGCAAGAGAAGAAAGUAGCUCCAGUGGCAACGUAAGCAGCAGAAAGGAUGAGACAAAUGCCCGAGACACUUACGUUUCGUCUUUUCCUCGGGCACCAAGCACUUCUGAUUCUGUGCGGUUAAAGUGUAGGGAGAUGCUUGCUGCGGCUCUCCGAACGGGAGAUGACUACAUCGCUAUUGGAGCUGAUGAGGAAGAAUUAGGAUCUCAAAUCGAGGAAGCUAUCUAUCAAGAAAUAAGGAAUACGGACAUGAAAUACAAAAAUAGAGUACGAAGUAGGAUAUCAAAUCUUAAGGAUGCUAAGAAUCCUAAUUUAAGGAAAAAUGUGCUGUGUGGGAAUAUUCCUCCUGACUUGUUUGCUAGAAUGACGGCAGAGGAGAUGGCCAGUGAUGAGCUCAAAGAGAUGCGGAAAAACUUGACCAAAGAAGCCAUCAGAGAGCAUCAGAUGGCCAAGACAGGUGGGACCCAGACGGACUUGUUCACAUGUGGCAAAUGCAAGAAGAAGAACUGCACUUACACACAGGUCCAAACGCGGAGUGCUGAUGAACCGAUGACAACGUUUGUUGUCUGCAACGAGUGUGGAAACCGGUGGAAGUUCUGUUGAGUUGGAAGAAUUGGCAAAACACCUGGACCAUUAAGAAAAUGGAUUUUGUAAUUAGCUUUAAGACUAGGCCAACCAACUAGUUUUCCUGCAAAUCAGAUUUUUAAAGUAACAUAUAUCCCUUGGGUUAGUCUCUGUUUUUGACAUAGGAUCCCUUCCUUAAAUGCCUUCUGUAGUUGCAGAGCAGUAAGGAGACCACAUGAUAAUUGUAUGGUAUCUGUUUCAAAACUUUUUUUUUCCAUUUUUAUAAGUAAGUUGAUAUUAAACUUCUGGCAGUUUAUUUUUACCUUUUUUUUUCCUUCUUAAAGGAAAAUGUACCUUAACUUUUUUACAAUCUGAAACAUACACAGUAAAAAUGUUAUUCUUCUCAGUUAAUACACAAAUGGAAAUUACAUUUUUUCCUAUAUUGGCAUGUACCUGCAAAUAUUAAAAGAGGAGAAGAGGUAAUGUAAUUAUAAGUUUAUCAAACAUGGUGUGUAUUCAGAUAAUACUUGACCAGCUUAUCUAAAUUGUACAUAAUAUUUCAACUAGCAUAUGAAAUUGAUUUUAAUUAUUAUAUUCACAAGUCUGGGAUAAUUAGUUAUUAUUUUGCAUUUGUAACUAACUGUGAUCCUCAUUUCUUGUAAUUUCUUGUACAUGUUUAUUACUUGUUCGUAAUAGAUUUUACUUUUGGAAACAUGACUUGACUUUGUUGAAAUCAGUUUGGUUUGUUGUUUAUUUACCUGUUUGACUUUGUAGUGUAUUUUACUUUUGCAGAACAUUGUUGUAGUCUAGUAGGCUUUUCCUAAAUCCCAGCUCAGGCAAAGAAUGAAAACUUUUGACCAUUUUUUCGUUUUGUAGGAAGACAUACUGGGAAGAAAACGUUAGCAUUUUAGUAUAGUGUUGUUCUUAUAAACAGUUCAUGACUUAACUUUGAUUUGGAAAUCUGUGCUGACCAAGGACUUUAAGGUUUAUAUAAAUCAUUAACGCUGUGACCUUUCCGUAUGGAGACUAAUGGAGCACAUUUCUGUCCUGACUCUCUUUCUGUCACACAAGAAUGAGGUUGUGGAACAGACUAAUACGUGGGCUGUAACGCAGCUCAUUUGCAGGAAGGACCUUACAGUUAAGUGUGUGCCAUCUGUUUUGUUAGGAAUAAGAAAAAAUGAUUUUCACACUUGGUCUAGCACAUCUUAAGGCCACUGUUACAAAGUCCACAUUUCAUUGUGCUCCGUCUGCGCUCUCAAACCUCUAUAGAGAGAUCUGAGUACCUGCUUUGCACUCCCCUUCUCUCCCUCUUCUCCACUGCUUACUGGAGGUCAGUUUGAUGUAAUAGAGAAAACAACAUCUAAAAGUCCAUGUUCAGACCCCACAUAGAGGAAUUGGCCCACUGGUGCCAUCCCACCUCUACUUCGUCAGGUCACAGAGUAACCUUUUAUCAUUUGAAAAAUAACGUGCAUUUUUGAAAGAAUGAAUUUAAUAAGAAUAAAAUUAAAAUAGUCCCACUUUUAAAUUAAGUGAUCCAUUUUUAAAUUUGUUACUUCAAUAAAGUUUCUUGUUAUUAAUCAU